GCUAUCAGAGCAGAUUAUGAAGCAGACCUCAUCUCGGGCAGUCUCCUCUGAUUGUCUCAAUGGCUAAACACAGUGUUUUUCUUAUUUUUGCACUGCUACCUUUUGUUUUUAUGCAACUGUCCUUGCCCUUUGAUCAAGUGCCUGCAAUCCUGGACAAGAGUUCAGAGGUCCCCCAGUAUCAAGCUAUCAGAAUCAGAACAGAUGGAGUGGGCGUAGAGAAUCCAAGUGCCUCGCACGAGGGCAGUUAUUUGCCUGCAGCUGAGAAUCCGCUCAGAAGAAUACUGCAGCCUUAUGGGUGGCACCUGCAUGCCCAACCCAGAACUAAACGGAAGUUACUGCAGUCGACCAGUUCUGGGCCAUACUCUCCGAUGACCGUAGCCUACAAUGGCAAGAUAUGCAUUCUGUUCAAAGCCAAACGUCUGGCCAUUCGCUACAGGAACCAGACAUUUCUGGAUCUAACUGAGAGAGUGUUUGGGCCCAAUGCCUCAGUAGAGACAAAAGGCUCAGUCUGCUCCAAGGAAAAAGCGACAUUGUCCCUGCACCUUGGAGAUGUGGAGGACAUAAGAGGACUUGUCAUCAAACUUCACAUGUCCAACACAUUUUACGAGUCGGCUGGCCAGAACUGGUUCACUCUGGACAGUGUUCACAUCCACUACAACUGGACGCACGAGGCUGUUUUCAACGCCACCGAGGUUUACGCCCCUGCUACCUAUUCUUACCACUGCCAGCAUGUCAGCAGCUUACAGAAAUAUGACACCUUACUGGUGCCCAGCUCCUACACUGACAGCUCGGCAAACUGGCACAUCACGUUCACAGACUUCCAGAUCCAGGCCUUCAAUGUUCAGUCCAACAAAUUUGCCUCAGCCAGUGAUUGCGCCACCUUUUUCACCCCUGCCAUUCUGAUGGGCCUUAUCACCUCCCUGAUCCUGCUCCUGGUUCUGGCUUACGCACUGCACAUGGUGGUGCAUCUGAAGCACAUUGACCGUUACGAAGAGCACAAAGCCACAGUCUACUUCCCUCGCAGCCCCGAGUCGGAACACCCAGACAAAAACAGUCUCUGAAGGACAGCUCCCUCACCCUUCCAGAAUUGCACUUUACAGGAUGCCCAGAGUGUUGCGGUGGGUGUGUAGUGGCGGAGCACAGGACUAGAUGGUCCCG